UUUGUACACAGGUUCAAUAGUACGGCGGCUCUGAAGGGUCAAUUAUAGCGUGAUGCUGUCGCUCUGCAGCAGAGAGAUCGCGCUCUGCACACUCUCUUACACAGUGCGAGGUGCUGCGGUCCACUUUAUCCAACCGGUAUCAACGAGCAAAUAUGGCACAUGCAUGAAUGAUAUUGGACUCAUCAGAAGAGAAACCCAAGACAGCAUGGGCCCUUCAGACCCAGCUAAUGUCACCAGUGAUAUUUCCAACGAGGAAAGAGAAUAUACCCACUGGCACCAGAACAACCUGGGAAACUACAGCAUGGAUUCUCAUAAGCCUGUCUUUGUGGAUGACAUUACCAAGCACCUAAGUGUUCAGAUAGCCCUUAUAACUGCUUAUUCACUCAUAAUCAUCCUUGGCUUGGUUGGUAAUACACUAGUUAUUUACAUGAUUAUUAUAUACAAAAACAUGCGUACUGUUACCAACUACUUCAUUGCCAACCUUGCAUUAGCUGAUCUCAUGGUAGACACCAUGUGCUUACCCUUCACCUUGGCAUACACUCUGUUGGAUGAGUGGAAGUUUGGGGCAGUAAUGUGUCACAUGGUGCCUUACGCCCAAGCUCUCAGUGUCCAUGUGUCUAUUCUGACACUGACGGUGAUUGCACUAGAGCGCUAUAGGUGCAUUGUGUUUCACAUGGGCCAGCGUCUCUCAAGAUGCGCGAGUUUCAUUAUCAUCAGUCUGACUUGGUCUUUUGCAGCCAUUCUUGCUGGACCUCUAGCUAUUUUUCGGGAGUACCGCUAUGAGGAGAUUGCCUACAUUAACUUACGUAUUGCUGUAUGCUCUGAGAAAUGGCCCCAUGGCACUAACCGAGAUGCCAUCAUCUAUAGCUUCUCCAUGCUUGUGCUACAGUAUGUGCUUCCACUUGGCAUCAUCAGCUAUGCUUAUGUGUGCAUCUGGGUCAAACUUAAGAACCAUGUCAGCCCUUCCAACCGCAAUGAUGGCAUCACUCGUCGUAAGAAGACUACUAAGAUGCUGGCACUGGUGGUUGUGGUUUUUGCAGUGUGUUGGCUUCCUUUUCAUGUGUUUCAGUUGGCAAGCGAUCUUGACCUGGUUCUCAAGUUUAAAGAAUACAAACUUCUGUAUACUCUUUUUCACAUAGUGGCUAUGUGCUCAACAUUCACCAAUCCUUUACUCUAUGGAUGGAUGAACAAGAAUUACAGGAAUGGCUUCAUCAUGUUCUUCCGCUGUGAGCACAAACCUGACACUAUCCAUCCAGAGGGUUCUUUCCGAACUCGAACCCUACGAGGUUUGAUCUUGUACAAUGAUGGGCAACCUGCCACUGCGGUCUGA